GAGAGAACAUGACAAGUAUAAAAUGGCCUCUAGUUUAGAGUCUCUUCAUAGUCUCAACUCUUUCUAUACAGAAAAAAGCUUUCAAAGUUUCGCUGCAUCGAUUUCGAAACUCAGUUUUUACAGUAUGGAGUCCAAUAGGGGCAACCAGAAUGGAAUUCAACAACUUUUAGGUGCAGAGCAAGAAGCUCAACACAUUGUCAAUGCUGCCAGGAGUGCAAAACAGGCUAGAUUGAAACAGGCAAAGGAUGAAGCUGAGAAGGAGAUCGCUGAAUUCCGUGCUUACAUGGAAGCCGAAUUCCAGAGAAAGAUUGAACAGACUAGCGGUGAUUCGGGUGCUAAUGUCAAACGUCUUGAUCAAGAAACAUUUGCAAAGAUCCAGCACUUGAAAGCAGAAUCCGAAAGCAUCUCCAACGAUGUUGUCCAGAUGCUUCUGAGGCAGGACUUGAACUUGAGAUAUCUGGACAAGGAUAAAAGGAUUUUAGUAAUCCCACUACAACAUUGAUGGUAUAGAAAGCUCUAAUUGUCAAAUCUCAACAGAGGUAAAACACUAAUGAUUUUUUUUCUAUAUGUUAUAUCCUUGAUGGAUAGAGUUACAUGUUGAGGUGACAUGUAUCUCUGAAAUUAGUCAAGUUAUGUAAAAGCUAGUCCAGACACCACGAAUAUUAAAGAAAACACAAUUGUCAAAAUUCUUAUUAUUAGGUUAUAGAGACAUCAAUUUGUAAACUAGAAAUUGGUGAAACACUCACCAAUACCAUACCGAACACAAUUAUUGUUUUUUAAGCAAAUCGAUUUGGAUGCAUACAA